AGCAAUAACAAAGUUACAAUUGUAAAAACAAUUUUUACACAAACAGAUAUAUAAAUAUUCUAUUACAGUUGUGAAAAUUAAGACUAAAGAAAAGAGUGCAUAAAAUUAAAUAGAUCUUAAACAAUUGGAAGCUCUUUUUAAAGAAUGCAUCAGUUUAGGAGAGCUGCUCUUUGAGAAAUUGACAAACAAUUCGAAUAUUAUUAGACAGAUAUUUCAAAAUUUCGUUCCGAAGAAAAUUUUACAAAUUCUUUGCUCACCAAAAUUUGACAUAUUUUCAAUUUCUUUGAGAAAGUUAAUAUGGAAAACAUAGUGUCAAUUCCAUCUUUGACUGGAAAUACAAUACCUAAGUAUUUAUCACGAUGCAAAAUUGUGAACAAUGUAGUAAUUGGCGAGGAAGCGCCUCUUUUUAAAGAAUGCAUCAGUUUAGGAGAGCUGCUCUUUGAGAAAUUGACAAACAAUUCGAAUAUUAUUGGACAGAUUGACCCCAUUACGGAUAAGCGGAUGACAUUUGCUGAAAUGAAGGAGCGUAGCGUUAGAUGUGCGUUAUGGUUGAAAAAGCAAGGAGUGCAACGCGGGGAUAUCAUCGGCAUUUCUACUCAUAAUCAUCUCGAUAGUGUAACAUCCCAGCUUGGAUGUCUUUUCAUUUGCGCGUGUUUUUAUCCAAUGCAUUACGAAUAUAACAUCUGUGACAGUCGAUAUUUUCUUUCGCUAACAAAACCCAAAAUCGUUUUCGUCAAUGCUGAUAUGGUAAAAACUAUGGCGAGGGCUGCGGAGGAAGAAAAUUUGAAUAUUAAAUUCGUGACUUUUGGCUGUGUAAAGGGGUUUAAAAGUUUUCAGGAAAUUAUUCAGGAACAGCAGGAUGCGAUCAAUGAUUUUCGUUGUUCACAAAUUUCUAGUUUGGAGGAGAUCGUUGCACUCUUUCUGUCAUCUGGAAGUACUGGGCCAUCCAAAGCGACAAUGAUGUCGCAUCGUGCCCUGAUUAACAAUAUGCUUUAUGAUACAUCAUUCGCCACGGAGGAUCAAAAAGUGGUAAUGUGGUUCAGUCCAUUGCGAUGGAUUAUGGGUACUAUAACGACAAUUUGGUCGAUCUAUUUCUGCAAGACACGAAUUAUUACUAUGAAGCUUGACAGUGAAGAGACAUGUAAACUGUUAGAGAAAUAUAAUGUGGAAUGGUUUUUAAUUCAACCAGGCGUAAUUGUAAAUAUAUUAAAAAGGGGGCUUUUUCAAAAGUAUCGCUUACCAUCCAUGAAAAAGAUAGUCACCGGUGGUGUAGCUACAAAGCCACACUUAUUUGAGGCCAUUAUAAAGGCAUUGCCGCAUGUAGAAAUUAUAUAUGCUUUAGGUAUGAGCGAGAUUUGUGGUACUAGUUCUGUACAGAAACAAGGUGACAAAGUAGGGUCUGUCGGUUAUGUGCUUAAAAAUGUACAAUUAAAAGUAAUUGAUGUGGAUACUGGGGAAACAUUGGGCCCAAAUACAGUUGGUGAAUUUUUUUGGAAAUCGCCAUACGUAAUGACAGGAUAUUAUAAUAAUCCUGAAGCUACCAGAAAAACUUUAAGCGAAGAUGGUUGGCUACGCAGUGGUGAUUUAGGUUAUUAUGAUGAGGAUGGUGAACUUUUUGUAUGCGACAGAAUAACGGAAGCUAUUAGAUUCUUAGGACACAUGAUUUAUCCGGCUGAAAUCGAGAAGGUGCUUCAGACUCAUCCAGCAGUGCGCGAAGUUGCCGUAGUACGUUCGCAAAAUGAUAUUUUUGAAGAAUGUCCACUUGCCUUUGUAUCGAUAUUUUCGAACCAGAAGGUAACAGCGGAGGAGUUGAUAAAAUUGGUAGAGAAUAACUUGGAAGACUGUAAACAUCUUCGAGGUGGUGUAUAUUUCUUGGACGAGCUUCCGCAUACAGAUACCGGCAAGAUCGCGAGGAAACAACUUAGAGAAAUGGCUAAGCAUAUUAUAUUCGAUGACGAAUCUAUCAAAAAUAUAAAAUAAUUUAUUUAAUAUUAA